AGCGGAUCGGCCGAAUUGCGUCCGCCAUUGUUGUGAUCGGCGGCGAGAGGAGCGAGUGGAGGAGCCGCGCGAGGUUGCGUAUGAGGAUCGUUUUUCCCGCCGACCGAUUCACGCAUCGUCAACGCCGAGGCAGCGUUCGUCUUAAGAGGAGCCGAGGAUCGCUUGUCCGCGAGCGCGCCGACGUAACCAACAAUAACGUUGGCUCACCGAUGAGGACGCUCUUUCUACCUCCGUGGUCUCGCGCAUAAGUAGACUGACAACUGUUUUGCAUUCACCAAGAGCAGAAGAGGCUGGUAGAAGUUGGUACGAGUUCAGGCUCGUAUAUUGAUAUAUCCGUACUGUUAGAUUUCCCUUGAGAUAAUAAACUGUAAGGAUGAUAGCCCACGCUGGGAAUAAGGUCGAUGUCACUCAUGUUAAUGUAUUGUGCUCAGAACUGAGACAAGGUCUUACCUUGAGGAGGUAAAAGGGAGAUGCGAGAGCACAGAGACUGCUAGAGAGAGAACCUAAUGUCAGAAACAGCGGAGGAGCGUGCUAUUAGACUGUACACGGCUGCGGAGAGGAUGAAGAGCGCCCGAGCUAAGGAGACCGAGGAGCAAGCGGCACUGAGAAGGAUGCAGGAGGCCCAGCGUAUGGCCAGGCACCGCGCCAAGAAGAAGCGUUGCCUGGACGAGAACCUCGCCCGGGAGAUCUCCAAGAUCGCGGAGCUGUCGAAGAUGCCGGACGCCGCCACGAUAGCCCAGAUGUCGGAGAUGAAUAUGAACAAGAUAUCGGCGGAGCUGAAGCAGAUGAUGGAGAGGGGCAAAGUACCUGAGCACAUAGUUCAAAUGGCCCAGCUCGCGGAGUUUAGCAAAAUGACGGAGUUGAACAAGAUGUCGCAGGACAUGGCGAAGCGUUACGAGAUGGAGAAGAUGGCCGAGUACGCCAAGACUACCGAGUACAUGAAGAUGCAGGAGUUCGCCAAGAUGAACGAGAUGGUGAAGCUGUCGGAGAUGGCCAAGUACAACGACAUCACCAAGAUCAACGAGAUGGCGAAGAUGAACGAGAUGAUGAAGAUGUCGCAGAUGGCGAAGAUUAACGAGGUGCAGCGCAUGAACGAGAUCGCGAAGCUGAACGACAUGGUGAAGAUGACGGAGAUGGCCAAGUACAACAACGACAUCACCAAGCUGAACGAGAUCGCGCAGAUCAACGAGAUGGCGAAGGAGAUCGCCAAGAUGAAUGAGAAGAGCAAGAUGAACGAGAUGAUCAAGAUGGCGAACAUACAGAACGACAUCACCAAGAUGCCGGAGUACUCGAAGAUGGCCGAGAUGGCCAAGCUAACCGAGCUGGCCAAGCUGAACGAGAUCACGAUAACGAAGCUGAACGAUCCGCCGCCGCCGCCGCCGCCGCCCAAGAUCCCGGAGAUACCGCGUAUACCCGAACCUGUGAUCACCGUGCCAAAUCCCAGGAACCUGCAGAACGUGCAGACCGUGCAAGUGGCCCAGGCCAGCCCGUCCAGCACGAUCAACUUCCCGAGCGUGCCGGGCCAGGGCAAGUACGCGCAACUCUUGGUGAUUAUCGAGGAGCUCGGCAGGGACAUUCGCCUGUCCUACGCGGGUAGCCGCAGCGCGGCCGAGAGGCUGAAGAUGGGCAUCCAGCAUGCCCGCAUGCUCGUGCGCGACUGUCUCCUCGAGACGGAGCACAACGCGCGACAAUGAUCUGCCGACGACGCUAGCGACUUAGACCUCUAGCCGAUUAUUAUUUUAACGGAACGCUUUGUACGAUACAUAUACAUAUUAUAUAUAUAUACAUAUACAUAUAUCCUACGGAGUACAACGGUAUAAUCUUAAAGGGAGUGUCUUAGCGUCCGCGGUAAUGCGCACACGCGUCUCAAAAAAAAAA